CGCCCCAGGGUCCUGUCAGUGCUCCUGCCCGGCCCUGUCCUGCCCUUACCGGCUCUGCUCUGGCUAAGCUCAGCCUCUGUGCUCAGCCCUGCUAGGGGCCCCUGGAGGACCUGAAGGGGAGGGAGAGAGCGAAAGGAAGACAAGCUACAGGACUGCUGCUGCUGCCACGAUUAGACUGUUGCUCCCGUGCCAGCUGUUAUCACCAACAGCCACACCAACUACAACCACACACACACACACACACACUCUCUCUCUCUCUCUCUCUGGCCCUGUCCCACUCUGCUUCAGUCUCUCCUCCUCCUCCUUCUCCUCUACUAGCUCUCCACUCCGAGAGGAGCUCCCGUCUGCAAUGGACAUGUACAGCACCACACCCGAGGUCCCCUCCCUCCCAUCCAACGUGACGUGCGCACCAGUCGACAACACGGCAGAGAACCUGAUCUUCGGGAGCUACUACAUCCUGGUCUUCCUCCUGGCCCUGAACGGCAACAGCCUGGCCCUGUGGAUCUUCUCGCGCCAACGCGGCACCUCCUCGCCGGCCAACGUCUUCCUGAUGCACCUGGCCGUGGCCGACCUGUCCUACGUCAUCAUCCUGCCUCUCCGCGCCACCUACCACCUGACGGGUGGGCACUGGCCCUUCGGCGAGAUCCCGUGCCGCCUGGCCGGGUUCCUCUUCUACGUCAACAUGUACGCCAGCAUCUACUUCUUGGCGUGCGUGGCGGGUGACCGGUACCUGGCGGUGGUCCACGCCGUGCGCUCGCUCAAGCUCCGUCAGGCGCGCUACGCCCACGUGGCCAGCUUCUGCCUGUGGGCUCUGGUGACGGUCUCCAUGGCGCCCCUGCUGGCGACGCACCAGACGGCGGAGGUGAACGGCGCCACCGUGUGCCUGCAGCUGUACCGCGAGAAGGCGUCGCGCAAGGCGCUGGUGUCGCUGGCCGUGGCCUUCACGCCGCCCUUCCUGGCCACGCUGGCCUGCUACCUGCUCAUCAUCCGCAGCCUGCGGCACGGCUCGCGUCUGGAGCCGGCCUUGCGCCUGCGGGCGCUGCGCACCAUCGGCCUGGUCAUGCUCAUCUACGUGGUGUGCUUCCUGCCCUACCACGCCAGCCGCGCCACCUACAUCCUGGGCUACAGCCUGGCGCUGCCCUGCCGCACCCAGCGCGCCCUGGCGCUGGCCAACCGGCUCACCUCCUCCCUCACCUGCCUGAACGGGGCGCUGGACCCCCUGGUGUACCUGUUCGGGGCGGAGAAGUUCCGCGGGACGCUGCAGAAGUUACUGUGCAGGGGGCAGGCGGCCGGCUCUAGCGCCACCAGUGGCGACCUCAAGGGCACGCACGAGAGCUCGGUCAGUGCCAAGUCCGAGUUCUAGAAGACCAAGGACGCUGAGAGAUCUUCCUUUUUUUAUGAACUUGACGUAACUGGUUUGGGCAGGGCACCCAAACAUGAGCAAAUCUCAAUAUUUAUACUGUAUCAAGUCUAUUGCUUAAAAAGCAUUUCAUGUCUCAAAGAACUUGACAUGAGCCUCCAUAUUUAUACAGGUAAACAUAAAACAUACCGCAGUAUUAUACUGAAAUCUAUUGUUGUAUAAUGUAGUAAAGUAAGUGGGAUUUAGCUUUUAUCCAAAGCGACAGGGACUCAUAACGCUGGGGACAGGAACUUAACACAGGCUGACCGUUUCAUUGGGCAGCAGAGCUGCCAUUGCUCCACCACAAGAUUUUAUACCGCAAAGCAAAAUAAUCAACCUUUUUACCUUUCAACCUUUUAUUAGAAUGCUGGCAAAACGUAGAGUUUCAUGACUUAACUCUAGUUUGUGCAUGUUUUAUAACAGUGGUCUAUGGUUACUGAGGAUCAUAACAAGCAUUAUGAAGCAUUACUAACAUUAUUGUGGAUAUGAAGGUACUUAUCAUCAGAAGAGUUCUGGGUAACAUUUGCUCUGGACAUUUUCCUGCCUAAUGUCUAUCCUUACAGAGGAUGUGACAAAAUAAUUUACACUGAGCCAAUCUCUUCCAGAGAUUUACUUUGAAAAUGUGAUGAAACAAAAAUAACCACAUGCAUUUUAUCUUUAUCUGACAGGGUCAGCGAAUUCUUUCUGUGGUAUUAGAUAGAACUCCAAGAUAUUUACAGGGCGUUAUAUCAUUGCUCUUCUUCGAAAUGAGUAACCCUUUCCUACUCUUUCUCUCCUUUUCUACACAACUUACUGCCUUAGUAUAUAGAUUACUAUUGCUCCUGUAUAUUCUGUCUGUUUGCUAGGCUGAGGCUGUUUAUAUACUCAACUCCAUGUGUGUGAAUUGCUCAUAUUUCAGAACAUUAUAAGAAAAGACUACACAUCAAAGUUAAAGAGUUUAUACCUGGACAUUCUCUGCCAUCUUUCAUUCAUAGGUUGUAUGUAACUAAUUUUGACAUUAAUUCAUGGGUUUAUAUUCAUUCAUAGCCUUCCCAUGUGGAUUUGAAAAUCAUGAAGAAUUUAAUAUUUUUCAGACAUUCCUUAUUAAUCCCAAAACAGCUACACAUCAUCCUCAAUAGUAUGAGUAAUUUUCAUCAAUUUCCCCUUUGCUGUUUCUGACUAUGCAAUCUUGCUUGUGUAGAUAAUCUUUCAAGCCAAAUCCACUGUUUGCUGUGCCAUGUGAUUCUGAUUUUUGUACAUUGUACUGCACUAUAUUAGUACAGUGUUUCUGAGCUUUUGACAUCACAGUUAUUAUUUGGGCAUUUUGGGUGUUGUCUGAACAAUGAUGAAUCAAUCUGAAAUGAUUUACUGUUUGUAUUCUUAUUUAUGAUCUUUCAGUUUAUCUUUUCCAUGUGUUUAUUAUCAGUAUUUCAAUAAAUAUAUUACAGUA